AUGCACAAGCAGAGCAUUACGCGGUGUCAAAGUGGCGUCGAGAGGGCAAUGAGCUUGUCGGUUGAAAUUGUCAAUGAUCGGCCAGAGUACUCCUCGACAAGGUUUUGCCAUUUCAUUCGCAUUUCCUUUGGUCGAUACACCACGAUCUCGGACUUGACAGUUCCCGUUCCUGGAGCGUCCAAGCUCGGUAUCGAAGAGGGCUCCGAUCUCUUGAAGUGUAAUAUUCUCCCGACCACCCUGACCUUGUUCCCUUCCAUGCUUGCACCCGAUACUGGUCGUUUUGGUUGCCACGUAUCUCGUGGUUCAGGAGGAAAUCCGGCCGUACCAUAUUGA